UUCAUUAUAAUUUUCUCAAAUUAGGUUAUGUUUAUCUAAAUUAGACAUUGUAUAUCGCCCAAAAAUUUGAUCUUUCAAAAUUCUCUAAUUAUUUAUUGUAGUAUUGUCCGAUAAAUCGGAAAUAUGGAUAAAAAUUGUUAUUCAUAUCCCAGAAGCUUUUAAAACGACAUUCCACGAGUUAACUAAAUUAGGAAAUACCAAACAUCGACAUGCCAAAAUUCUUUACUGACACUACAGUUUUCAAUUACACCUGGGACCAAGUUGCACAAGGAUUUUGGAAAAGAUAUCCAAAUCCAAACAGUAAACAUGUUUUAUCUGAAGAUACAGUAGAAAGAGAAGUACGUUCUGGGAAAUUAUUUUCCAAACGAUUGUUAACUAAAACUAAUAGCAUUCCAAAAUGGGCUGAAAGAUUCAUCAGUGCAAAAUCAGUAAAUAUUGUAGAAGAAAGUAUCGUAGAUCCAGAAAAUAAAGUUCUUACGACAUACACAAGGAAUUUGGGAUAUGUGAAAGUAAUGAGUGUUACGGAAAAAGUGAUAUAUAAGGAGAGCGAAGAUCAUCCGGAUAAGACCGUGGCUUUGAGGUACGCUUGGAUUGAUUCUCAAGUGAGAGGUUUCAGCAAAGCUAUUUGUGCAUUUGGAUACGAACGUUUCAAGAAAAAUUGUCACAAAAUGGUUGGCGGAUUCAAUUACGUAUUGGCAAAUUUAUACCCGCAACAAAAUGCCAUAGCUUCGAGUUACUCGACGGCUAAAGCGACGGCGAAACUGAAAAGUGCCGCCAAAAAUGCGUCGGAAUUGGCAAAAGCAAAAGCCGCCCCAAUUUACGCUACUCUCCAUCAAUAGAAGUAAAUAAAUCUAAUGUAUUGGUGUAUAAAAUUAUUUUUUUUUAUUACAAACCGUUGAAACAAUUAAUUUAUGUUAUUGUUACGAUAAACAUUUAUACUUUCAUUUAUAAGAAUAGAUUAAAUGGACAAUUAACUUGGA